AUGUUGCUGACUCAUCAAGAGGAGGAGGACAAGGACAAUCCCUUGGAGGCUGUAACGGUGGUUGGUGUGGCUGAUGCUCAGGAUGCCGGUGUUGGUGGCAUUUCCCCUGAGCCCGACUGCGAAGACGACACUCCACACAGUCACAGAAGGCAACCAACACAGCAGCAGGAGCAGGGAAGUGAGGCAUAUCAGCCUUUGUUCACUGGCCCAUCACCCCAGCACAUGUCCCUCUCCACCGUCCUGUGGCCGCAGUUCAACGCCCUGUCCACCGUUUACCGCGAGGCAUCGACGCGGUUCACCCGCACCCUGCAACGGUCAAAACAGUCCUUGACAUCCUGCUGGGAAGACACCAUCCUCUUUGUGUCGUCGUCGCUGAAGCUCACCGGCGACAAGAAUCGGGACAAGAACAGCACCACUGAAAGCACGGCGCUGGCCAGCAACGGCUGUGCCAAGUUGGGAGGGCUCUCGUCUUUGGUGCGCGAGCUGGUUUCCACAUGGACCGUGCCCAGCAUGCCAGUUGUUUCUGUCGCACCAGUGUUGCCCCACACCCAACACUUUCAAGCCGAAGUCGAUGUGCAGCAAGAUCUGCAACAAGACCUGCAGCAACGACAGUCGAUACAGCACAGGCAACAGUACCGUGGCCAUGAACACAGGAGGAAGAUCAGUGAUUCUGGUUUCUGGGAAGACUGGCCUGAUGAGGUUGGUGUGGAUGACCUGCACAACCAUCGCCAGCCACAGCAGCACCAGCAGCCACAUCAGCACCAGCCACAGUACCCGUUCACCAGUUUCAAUGACACAACUGACUAUCUGCAGCCACUCAUCACCAUCGACAGCCUGUACAACACCACUGACACGGCAGGCAGUGGUGUGGCAACUCCUCCGGUUGAGCCUGCAACAAAUGCGGCAGCUCAAACAGCAAGCAUCAUGGGUCAGAGUCCACCACCACCACGUGAGUUGCCGGCGCCAGCGCAGCGCACCGAGUCAAAUGCCCUCUCUGCUGCUGCCAUGCACGGCACAGGCACCCAGCCAUACGAUGAUUUCAGCGGCCAACUUGACUGGCCGGCCUGUGAUGACAUCCAGAGCUUCCUCUUUGACAGCGGCCCCACCUCCUUGACCACAGGCAGCAGUACUCUCGACAGCACAGCGUGGCGGCCCCUGUUACGCACGUCUUCGUCAUCAUCGUCAUCGUCAUCAUCAUCUGCAUCCUGGCCGUCGAACGAGCAUGGCGGACUGCAGCAGCGCCAGCACAAGCGGCGGCGCACGCGGCACUGCAGGGCCUUCCCACCGCCACCAAGGGUGUAUGAAGAGUAUGGUGCGUACAUGGCUGCAUUUAUGGCUGCCAGCCCACGUGACAAGGAGAAGAUGCUGCGGGACCGAAGGCUGACGACAGACCGAUACGCACAGCUGAGGUACUGGGCAAAGCGUGUGGACCCAACGCACCACGCCGUGCUGGGUGCAUAUCGCACCCGCAUGAACAACCGCAAGAACAAGCGGCACCAGCGGCAGCGCGAGCGUGCUGCAUCCACGGCAAAGUCGCGGUCACGCAACCCAAUGCCAAACCUGGCUCUGAAAGAGCUAGCAGCCACGAUACAGGGCGGAGGUGUGGGGUGGUCGAGCGGCCCCAGCAUGUUCCCAGUGGCACGAUCGCCACAGGCGUCACCGUUCUUCGAACCGUGGCAAGCCCAGACUGCGAGCAGCUUCUUUGGCUUUGCCAACACCCCAGGGACAAGGACAGGGCGCAGCCAGUCGUCUCGACCAAACCCUCUCGACCAAGAGCUGCCACCAUGUGAUCCGCAGUGGCUGCCACCGCGAUCGCGUUUCCCACAAGAACAACAAGAAGCUGAAGAGUUCGCCAUGGCAUUUGAUGUGCCCAUGAUGUGA